UGAGUCACUGCUCACAUCCUGCCCUGCUCCAGAGCACACUUCCUCAUUCACAGCAGAAGCUCCUUGCAGCAGCACGUUUGGAUCUCAGCACGUGCAGAGGGAACACAGGGAGAUUUCACAGAGGACAAAGCAACUGCCUCCUUUGGAAGCUGAGCAUCCCUGAACAGUCACCAAAGGUGACAGUCCAGGUGCUGGGACAUGUCCAUGACUGAGCUUUGGUUCAACAGAGACACAAGCAGCAGCUGAAGCAUCUGGUGAAGCUCCUGACAGGGACAGAUUCCCAAGGGCUGGGAGGCACAAAAAUGAAAUGGGAGACUGCUCUCUGGAUGGUUGCCUGCUUACUGCUUGCCUCUCUGCCCAGAGGGCAGCUGGACACCACGUGCCAUGCAUUUGUUGGAGAAACUGUGGUUCUGCCUUGCACCAUCACCCUUCCUGGAGAGCUGACCCUUUCCAAGUCAAUGCUCUACUGGCAGAUUGGCACCAAGCUGGUGCACUUCUUUCAGAAUGGGCAGGAUUCACUGAAGGGCCAGGAUGAAAAGUUCCACGGCAGAACCAGUCUUUUUCUGGACCAGAUGAAGCAUGGCAACCUUUCCUUAAAGAUCUCCAAUGUCCAGUUAUGGGACGAUGCUGAAUAUUCCUGCAUCUACAGACAGACUGAGAACCAUCAAACAAAGAAAUCUACAAUUAAACUCAAUGUAUCAGCUCUACCUAGGAUUGAGGAGCCACCUUCCCCUUCUGAGCAGAAUCAGAUUCCCUCCGGAAGCCCCGUGGAUGUGCCAUGUCUGGCUGUGCUUCCCCUCUCCUUCCUCCUCCUGGUCCCCCUGAGGCUUUGGCACUUGUAACAGGGGAAGGCAACCUUGUCUUUGGCAAGUUCUCCUCACCAGAGGAUCUUUCUGGGCAGGAGAGGUCUGUGGGGUCAGUGUGACACCUGCUCCAGAGCACCAAGAGCUGAGAACAGACCAAGCAUUAGGUGUUUACGUCCCACAUUCUCAUGUUCCACAAAACCAAGGGCAGCAAAACUCUGAGGUGGCAAGUCUGCUUUUGCAUUUGUUUCUUGGAGUCCAGUUUUAGUGCUGCCAGGAUAUACAAUUUAUUUUGGGUUGUGUGGGUUUGCUUUAAUGACAGGAUAAAAGGCUCACAAAACUCCAGGAUCAGAUUAUAGCUGAUCCUGGUGAGAUCUUUUGCCUCUCAUUUGCUGUCCUUCAAGACAACUGAAAGGAGGAGUGGGGGUGACUACUCUCUGUGUCAGACAAAAACUAGAAGUAGGAAGACUCUCCCAUUUUCUGAAAUGUAAGGAUGGAAAACUUGUGAAACUUGAUUCUGUGGAACUUCAGCUUCUGUUUUCACUCCUAAGCAUCAUGGGCGAUGAGUAAGAGCCCUUUUUUUCCACAAGACAUGUAGUAUUUCUUCAGCAGAAGGGUGAAGCUGAUUGAGAAAGAGGGUAGAAGUUCAUAAAAUAUCCACAUAAAGGAAGGAAGUGAUGCAUUACUACAAAAUCCACAGCUAAAUAAGCCAAAAAAUUCAGAAGGCUGAAUUCAGUAUUAUCUUUUUCUGUCAUGAAAUAUGGCAAAGCUAGAUUCUUAACCUGGAACUGUGCAAUGAGAAAUACUGUGACAAUGUUACUUCUUUAAAAACAGUACCUUUGGAGGGGGAAAAAAUAUUUUAAAACUCAUCAGAAUGAUUGUAACUGAUACCUAUGCAAACGAAAUGGGUUUAUUUCUAGAAAUGUUCAAUUCAGGUAGCAGAGGUGUCCUGUGCAAAACUUAGGUCCACAGGAUCCUGCAUACAAACAAUGUCGAGGAAGUGCAGAAGUUUUUUUCAGGCCAGAACUGCUACUACCCUGUUUCACAAGCAAAAAGCAUCCAGAGGACAGAAGUGGUGCCCAGCAGUGACUGAACUCGCUGAGCCCCCGGGCAGGGGGAAUGACUCACGAGGAUGCACACAAAGUCACUUUGGUUUGGAACAGUUGCACCUUUUUUUUUUUUUUUUUCCAAUGAAGAGACAAGAUUGUUUUUGCAAGGAAGGGACAGAAUAAAUCAGAGCUUAAAAUGCACAUAGAGGAGACAGUUACCUUUGAAUUUCUUAACUAAAGGCCCUUUCCCCAUGGUGGGGAAGAGAAACAAAAUCCCACACACAGCCUGUGCUGGUGCUGCAGUGAAGCUCAGCUGAUGUUUGGCUGCCCUGAGUACAGAGCAGCUCAGUGGAACAGCUGGGGUCCAACUGCACAGAGAGAUUUGCCUAUAAGAAUUAUACAUACUGUGACUUUUUUGUCCCACCCUCCAAAUGUUUGCCUCAGAGUUUGUGUGUUUUUCAAGUCACAAUUUGAUUACAAAUAAAAACCUGAAAUAAAACCAAAAACCAUGA